CAUGAAGCCAUGGACCGUUAGGUUUUUGAAGGGAAAACCAGUCAUUUACCUCGCAAUCACAAUACAAAGACUUUGUUUCCUUCUCGAAGACUGCAAGACAGGUUGUACGAUAAUCACUUGAUACCACACACAACCACAAACCACAGAAUAUCAUACUACAUGGAUUCACCUUUUCAAAACUUACCCAGCCCUCUUGUUAAUAAUUGUUCAUGCUGUAAGCAGUAUGGCCCGGGGGUGAAUGAAAUGGGAAUUCGAAACAGUCAACUGACCAAUGUCUCGUGACUUAUUACAUGCAACACUUCUUUGAUAGUGGUGAUCAAAAAUUAUUUUUCUUAUCAACGGGUUGACGAUGGAUUUGAUAUCAUAUCGAGUCAUUCAUCGAUACUUGCCAUUGCCACAAACAAUCAUCAAUCAGUUAAGUGUACCAAAUGUCUGAUAUACUCAAUGGCCAGCGGCAUGAUAGGAGCGCACUCAUCCUUUAUGGAACGGAAACUGGAAACUCUCAAGAUGUGGCCGAAGAAUUGGGACGCAUUACAGAAAGACUUCAUUUCAUGACAAGGGUAUGUGAGAUGGAUGAUGUUGACGUUAGAGAAUUAUCAAAGUACACUUUUGUUAUAUUCACAUUGUCAACUACAGGACAAGGGGAAUUUCCAAAGAAUGCAAGGAAAUUUUGGAGUAGUCUGUUGAGAAAGCGUUUGCCUCCCAAUUGUUUGAGUCACGUGAACUUCACCACUUUUGGUCUUGGUGAUAGUUCUUAUGCAAAAUUUAAUUUUGCAUCUCGUAAAUUACAUAAAAGAUUGGAACAGCUGGGUGGGAAUGAAAUAUAUCCUAGAGGUGAAGCAGACGAACAACACGAUGAAGGUGUUGAUGGAACUUUCCUCUCUUGGUAUAUUGAUCUUAGGAAGAAACUCCUAGAAUCAUAUCCAUUGCCAGAUGGCUUGGAUCCAAUUCCUGAUGAUGUCCUUCUACCUCCAAAAUACUGGCUAGAAUUGGCAACCGGAUCUUCUACCGAUAUUGGGAAAUCAAGUUCAUCGCUUGAAAAUACAGAUGACAAUGGUCAAACAAAAUUUGAUUCAUUAAAUAGCAAGCUUGCUCCUUCCAACGAUUUGGAGGCUUCCAACUUACCUAAAAACUCUACUGAUCCGGAUACACUUGGAGAAGCCGAUAUUCAAGCUCACCAAUCUUCCGUCCCAAACACAGCGACAAUGGCAGAUAAAUUUGGCCUGGAAUCUGGGAUAAGAUUUGAUAAUGGUUUCGACGCACCAGGACCACCAUCGAAUCGGUUGACCGAUUUUCAUAGAGAGCAAACAGAAGAUGACAAUGUAUUACCUCCGCCCGCACUUCUACAAGGAUUUAAAAAGCAUCGUUCGCCACUUAUUGUCACUAUGGAAGCCAACAAGCGCGUCACUCCUCCAGACCACUGGCAGGAUGUUCGCGAGAUCACCUUUAAGCUUAGAGGCAGAGAUUUCAUGUUGUAUCCUGGGGAUACUGUAUCAAUCUAUCCCAAAAACUUUCCUGGAGAUGUUCAGACCCUCAUUGAUUUGAUGGGAUGGAACGAUGUUGCGGAUCUGAAGUUACACUUUAAACCAAAAUCACCAGAUUGGUUCGGCGCGAAAAACUUGAUAAUGGCCCCAGAUGGUCUCAAUAAGAUUGGUGACGAACAAACACUCAGAGAGUUACUGAUUCAUAGUCUUGAUUUUCAGGCCAUUCCCAAACGUCGUUUCUUCGAGCUUAUGGCCGGUUAUACAAAUGAUCCGAUACACAAAGAACGCCUCCUUGAGUUUCGAGAUCCUCUCUAUACCGAUGAACUUUAUGAUUACACCACUCGUCCUCGUCGUAGCAUUCUCGAAUGUCUUCAGGAUUUCCCAAGCGUCAAGCUUCCUUGGAAACAUGCCAUUACCAUUUUCCCUGUGAUCCGAGGUCGCGAAUUCAGUAUCUGUUCCGGCGGCGACUUUCACAAACCCAGCGUAGUCCUAGAUAAACAUUCCCGAAAUUCUAAAGAAUUGAACAAUUACGGAAAUUUCGAUGAUCCUAGACCCUUCAAAGAUUAUCAAUUCCAAAUUCUCGUCGCCAUUGUCAAAUACCGCACCGUUCUUCAGAAGGUUCGCAAUGGUCUCUGUUCCCGUUAUCUAGCCACUCUUCCCAAGGGAACAAAUCUCACGAUCCAUUACAAUGCGAACCCUUCCUUCUAUAAAGUACCCCCGCUUGUGCCAAACCUUCCCCUCAUCUUAGUCGGUGCAGGUACGGGAAUCGCACCUCUACGCUCAUUGAUUUUACAACGCUUGAAACAAAUUAAAGACACACCGGAGGGCAGAGUCCAGUUUGGAAAAGUCCAUCUUAUAUAUGGUGGACGCAAUCGCAACGCGGAUUACUUCUUUGCUAAUGAAUGGGAAUCGGCCCAAGUAAAAGAUCAUGUACAUACAAGUCCGGUUUUCUCACGAGAUGAAAAACAGAAAGUUUACGUACAAGAUGAGAUUAGAGCACAAGGAAAGGAAAUUGCAGAAUUGCUCACGAGGCAAAAGGCAAUGAUUUAUGUUUGUGGUAGCUCGGGUGGUAUGCCCAAGGGUGUGAGAUGUGCUUUCUUGAGCGUCUUGCAAAUUCAUGCGGGAAUGAGUAUGGAGGAAGCGGAGGCUUUUAUCGCGAAUCUGGAGAGGUUGAAGAGAUAUAUACAAGAGACGUGGUAGAGUAUCUUGCAAGUGGAAGAUGGAAAGUAGACAGUGCUGCAUGGAUUGACGGGUUGGGUUGUAAUUAUUGCAGAAUACAUCAAGUGCUGCGGAGAUUCUAUCCCUAUACCAGACGCAUGGAUUGACGGUUGCUAGAAUGAAUGGCUUGGGCUUGUGGGAAGUCAUGUAUCACUUUCGGGAUCCUUCAUUGUGAUUGUUCGGGCGAUACUAUAGAUUGUAUUGUACGAUUGCGAGAAAAUAUAUCACUCACUACCUUGAUCCAUGGAGCUUGAUGAUCAACCACCUAAAAUUCUGGAUACUGGAUAACGAUCCAUCAUUUCCUCCUCCUCCUCUUCUACAUAUACCUAGAUACA